AUGAAACCACAUGAAGAGGUUGUUAUUCAACAAUAUAUUGACAAGUGUAUUGUAUUCCAUAGUGUAUCUAUGUUUAUGUUCUAUUUUGUCACGUUUGGAACAAUCGUAGUGUUACCUAUCGUGACGAAUCAAAUGUUUCCAACAUUAGUCGAAUAUCCAUUUGAUGUGUCUUAUCAACCGUUAAAAACACAUCAACCUAUACCGUUAUUAGUCCAAUUUUCGGGAUUAGGUAUAAUAUCUUUAAUGGAGGUGUUUAUGUUUGUUUGGCCAGGAGAACAUUUAAUAUCAAUGUGCAAAAACGUCGCAGAGGCAGCGUAUGAUGUAUUCAAAUGCAAUCGAUCAAUUAAAAUAACGAAAUGUCUGCAAAUUAUUAUAAUGAGAUGUCAAAAACCGGUAAUCGUUUCAAUACCCUGUCUUAUGCCCAUAUUAUCUUUCAAUUACUUUACAACGUACUGUUCGACCAUACUCUCCUAUUUCACAACACUACGAGUAAUGAUGGAGAACGAUUAUAAUUAA